AUGGUGGAUGUUAGAACAGGCUGUCAGUCCAGUAAAUGGCUGCUGUCUGUUGCCUCCCAUUGUGAUGGGAAUCUGGGGCAUCGGUGCUUGACUGAGUCUUGUGGACCAGGAGUCGCUCACAGUAGCAUUUGCACAAGCAAGCAUUUGCAAAAUCACUGCUUCAGAGGUAGUUCCUGUUGCACCCCCCCCCCCCAUCCCCACCCAAUGCAGACACAAGUGUACACAACUUACCAUGUGUUUCAUUGGUCAUGGUGGGGGGGUAGUAGCCUACAUCUUCAUUUUAGUAAGAGUCAGGGGAUAUAGGCGGUAAAGUAAGUAAAUUGAGAAGGCUUUCUCGUUUAUGACAUUAGUGCAGAGACUGUGACGGUGUUCAGCAUCUGUAUGUAGUUGAAAACUACAGGUACGGAUGUUGUAUCCAUGCCGUGCAGAAGAACAAUUUGAUUGUUCCCUGUACUACAGUCACUGCAACUUGGGGGAUAGUGUAGAAAUGUUAACACACCCACCUGUUUCGCUGAAAGAGACUCAAGCUUGACUGAGGAUGCAUGCUUGCAUAUUUGAGGCUAGCUUGCUUAUUUGAGUGGAUCAGCUCUUGUGUGUUUAAUGGAAUAUUUCCCCCCCCUCUAAGAUGGCUGCAGUCCUGCUUCUGCUCUAAGCUAGAGAUGGCAAGAGGUGAGACUGAUUGCUUCUGGCGCCGUAGGCGUUUCAAGUCUCUGCCAAGCACACCCUCAACCUGGUGUCAUAAAUAGACCACUUGCCCCUGGUUUCUGAAGUUUUAUAUCCAGAGGUUUGUUUGCCAAAUGAUAGUCAUAAAGGACGCAAAGGUUUGCCUUUGUUUGGUAUCCACCGUGCACUGUAAGUGAAUUCACGUCUCAGCCAAGGGCAAUUCAAGUAGAUCUUGCAACUUAGCAGACAUGCCUGCUAUUUCCCUUUCUCUAUGUAGAGGCAGAGAAAUCUCUUCUAUACACACAUAUCCACCUGCUGCUCAGUCAGUGUUUACUUCUGUGGCUUCGCACUCUGACCCUGCAGGCAUGCGGGAUGGGGGGUCUUUUUUUUCCUUUUUUUUGGGUUGGGGGAAUAUUCCAAACUGUUAUUCCAAGAAAAAAAGAAGCAUUAACUUUUUAAAAAACCCCCCUUUUGCAAACAAAUCUUAUGUUGUCACCAAACCCCUAUUUUUUUGUUUUCCAGUUAGAACCCUUUUACAUAACAUUUUUUAAAAAAAAAGAGUUUGGGACUGCUUGUUUUUCUUUUUCCAGGGAAAAAAUUUUGCUCUGGGGUCACCCUACUAAAAUACAAUUUUGCCCCCUCGGGCCCGGGGGAACAAAACCCAUGUAAGUUUUUAUUGACUUUGUCUCCUUUUUAAAAGCCCCCCCCCGUCUUUAAACCCCAAAGCCCCUUUUUCCCCCAAACCAUUUCCCUCACCCCCCCCCCUUGUUUCUCCUCUCUUUUCGCUCUGGCUUCCUCCCCGGGCCCGGCGGUGGGGGCGUUCGUGGGGGAGUGCGGGGGACCGGGCCCAUUCCCACCGUAAACCCCAGUCCGGGGCAGCGCCCCCCCAAACGGGCCGACCCAAACCGCAAGCAUCCAACAGCGCUGGCUUCCCGCUACCCCCAAAAAAGUGCCAGGGGGGAGGAACGGGAGGUGCGCCGUGCAGCCUUUUUCCCCAUGCAAAACUUUAAGAACUUAAACCCUUUUAAACCCCCUUUCCGGUUUACCCUGCCGGUGAGGGGGCCAAUAUUUUUUGGGGGUUUUAAUAUUUCAAGGGUUUUCCACUCUCCAAAAUAGAGGAAGCCACUUUAAACUUUGAAUCCUCUUCCGGGUUUAUUUUUUUACCCUGUUUUUAAAUUUUGUUUUUUUCCCCAACGGCCUACCCCGGGCUUUUUGUUUUUUCAUUAAUUUUCCCCUUAAAUCAACUUUGGUCCACAGAACUUUUUUGGUUCGCCCCAGUUUUCUCCCUUUCUCUCCUUCUUUUUCCCCCGUGGCACAUGGCCUCUCGCGCAGAACUCCCCUAAGAACUGCACUCGCACAAUUUCCUUCUCCCUGCCCAAGAACGGGGGAAACAAAGGAACCGCAGUUUUGAGUGUUUUAUGCUAUUGUUUUUCUGUUGUGAUUACACUCCCUUUGCCAAGGCCUUUUAAAAUCUUGUAUUUUCAUGAAUUUUUUUCUCUCUCUCCCCCCCCCCCCCUCCCUACCCCCAUCUCCCAACUCCUAAGGGGGGGUUUGGCCUGGCACUCGUUGGGGGUGAGGGGGUUUCACCCGCAAUAACCCAAAACCCCGCCCGCCAAUUUCCCCCAUUUCCAUUGAGAGGGCCUCGGCCCCUUGGGCCCCCCUACCAGGAAAACAACCCCAAAAGCCCCUCCAACCUCCCCAACCAUUUGGAAAGGGGCCUUUCCCGUUAGUGGGCAUGGGCUUCCCCAAAAACCCCGUUUUGGUAAAAGGGGGGUUAAUUUAAAAAAAUUUCCGAAGGGCGUGACAAAUUCAUUUUGGGUCAGAUUAACAGGAUCCCUUUUUAAAAAGGAAGUUUUGUUUUCCCAGAAGGAAAUGCGAACCCCCUCUUUUUUACGGGGCCCUUUAGGAACCCCGGGGAUGGGGAAGGGUUCGCCCCCAAUCACCCAAAAACCUGCUAAAAAACGCCAGGGGCCCCAAACAAAAGGGAAGCCCAAAGGUACCCCAAACCCUAAACCCCCCCCGAAAUCACUAUCCCUGUCCAAAAAUUAAAUACUGAUUUUUUGGCCGGGCCACUCAAAAGACCAAACAUUUUCAAAAAACAGGGCAAACAAUAAAGUUUAAUUUUUAUAAAAUUAGUGUGUCUCCACCCUUCCCUUGUUUUUUGAAAACCGGGGGGGCGGGCCCUGGUUCCACCCAUGGGAUUUUUUGGGGGGCUGGGGAAUUUGGAAGAAUACCCAAACCCUAACCCCCGUCCCAAUUUGGGUUGCCCAGCCCAAGGGUCCAGGGGGACAAAAUUUUGUUUUAAAGAAAAAAGGUUUUUUUGCUAUUUGAAAAUUUAUGAUUGUGUCGGCCUGCCCCCCCCAACCAAAAAUCGGGUGAAGGAGGCGCAGCCCUUUGGGAAUCCCCUUUGUAUUUUUUUUCCGUUGUGGGGGGGCAUGUGCACCUUUCCCCCCCCGGAGGUGGCUGAAGACCCUUUAAAAUGUCCUCCUUUUGGUAAAGUAAGGGAUUUAUAGUGAAAGGGGGUAAUACCCUCAAUGGGGGUGAACUUUUACGUAUAUACAGAAAUGGAAUACAAUGAUUUAAACUAACUGACCACAACUAAUAAUGGCGGACUAGAGGGUGUAUUUGAAUUUAUUGAAUUUCCUGUAUCGCUACCAGGCGGAGUACUACCACCUCCUGGCUGAGAAGAUCUAUAAGAUCCAGAAGGAACUGGAGGAGAAGAGGCGGACGCGGUUACAGAAGCAGGGCAUGAUGCCCACACAACCCGGCAUGCCCCCCUCAGGCCUGCCACAGGGACCCCUUGGCAUGGGCCAGUCGCCUCUGGCCCCCGGACAGCCGCCCAGUGAGUAGACACUUUAAACACACAUAUUUGACAACAUUGCUACUCUCUUUCAACAUAAACUUAGCAGAUCUUCAUUGUAAAGGGUUUAAACACUGUUUCCCAUGCUUGUUCAAUGAACCAUAAAUAAUUAAUGAACAUGCACCUGUGGAACGGUCGUUAAGACACUAACAGCUUACAGACGGUAGGCAAUUAAGGUCACAGUUAUGAAAACUUAGGACACUAAAGAGGCCUUUCUACUGACUCUGAAAAACACCAAAAGAAAGAUGCCAGGGUCCCUGCUCAUCUGCGUGAACGUGCCUUAGGCAUGCUGCAAGGAGGCAUGAGGACUGCAGGUGUGGCCAGGGCAAUAAAUUGCAAUGUCCGUACUGUGAGAUGCCUAAGACAGCGCUACAGGGAGACAGGACGGACAGCUGAUCGUCCUCGCAGUGGCAGACCACGUGUAACACCACCUGUACAGGAUCGGUACAUCCGAACAUCUGACCUGCGGGACAGGUACAGGAUGGCAACAACUGCCCAAGUUACACCAGGAACGCACAAUCCCUCCAUCAGUGCUCAGACUGUCCGCAAUAGCUGAGAGAGGCUGGACUGAGGGGCUUGUAGCCUGUUGUAAGGCAGGUCCUCACCAGACAUCACCGGCAACAACGUCACCUAUGGGCACAAACCCACCGUCGCUGGACCAGACAGGACUGGUUUUGUCUCACCAGGGGUGAUGGUCGGAUUUGCGUUUAUCGUUGAAGGAAUGCGCGUUACUCCGAGGCCUGUACUGUGGAGUGGGAUCGAUUUGGAGGUGGAGGGUCCGUCAUGGUCUGGGGCGGUGUGUCACAGCAUCAUCGGACUGAGCUUGUUGUCAUUGCAGGCAAUCUCAAUGCUGUGCGUUACAGGGAAGACAUCCUCCUCCCUCAUGUGGUACCCUUCCUGCAGGCUCAUCCUGACAUGACCCUCCAGCAUGACAAUGCCACCAGCCAUACUGCUCGUUCUGUGCGUGAUUUCCUGCAAGACAGGAAUGUCAGUGUUCUGCCAUGGCCAGCGAAGAGCCCGGAUCUCAAUCCCAUUGAGCACGUCUGGGACCUGUUGGAUCGGAGGGUGAGGGCUAGGGCCAUUCCCCCCAGAAAUGUCCGGGUACUUGCAGGUGCCUUGGUGGAAGAGUGAGGUAACCUCUCACAGCAAGAACUGGCAAAUCUGGUGCAGUCCAUGAGGAGGAGAUGCACUGCAGUACCUAAUGCAGCUGGUGGCAACACCAGAUACUGACUGUUACUUUUGAUUUUGACCCCCCCCCCCUUUGUUCAGGGACACAUUAUUCCAUUUCUGUUAGUCACAAGUCUGUGGAACUUGUUCAGUUUAUGUCUCAGUUGUUGAAUCUUGUUAUGUUCAUACCAGUAUUUACACAUGUUAAGUUUGCUGAAAAUAAACGCAGUUUAGGUGUGAUUACCACUGCUUGAUUCCAAUUGCGUGGCUCUAUUUACUUCAAUAGCUAGUUUCCAUCCAAUUGGGAACAGAUUGUCAAGACUAUUCAAAAAUCUGCAUAAAAACUAAAUUAGUAUUCUCUAACCAGAGGUGUGUUUCCAUCAAACUUAUUUUAUUCCUCUUGUGUUAGUUUUUUAAACUCUGCAUCAUUGGGAAGGGCUCAUAAGCAAGCAUUUCACUGUAAAGUCUACACCCGUUGUAUUUGGCGCAUGUGACAAAUAAAAGUUGAUUCGAUUUUAAACGGACUUGUUGCGGAUAAAAAGCUCUGUGUAAUGACAGAGUGCAUAUAAAAAUGACUUUUGCGGUUAAUUCUCAUGUACUGUAUUUAAUAACAGAAGUUCAAUGUGUUUCAAUCACAUUUUCAACUCUACUGAUGUUUUUGUCACACAAACUGUUAAUUAGCAAACUUGCCCACUCUGGUUUUGUCGCAUGCUCUCUAGACAAGAGUGUGCUGAUAAAGUGGACAGGGUGGAUUAUAUGAAGAAGAACAAGAUCCUUUUAUUUGAUAAUUGGCAGCCAAGCACCAAUCAUCAUGUCACCAACAUUCAAAUAAUGGCCUACCGUCAAUAUUUAUUGGAAAUGUUGCAUGAUCACCGUGCAUUAACCACCAUGUGAAGUUCAUCAUAGCUUAUUUAAUCUGCCUAUAAACUCGUCAUGCUUUUCCACGUCGUGGUGGUUAGGCCUACAAUGUAACAUAUAAUUGCGUGACUCCAAGUUUACUUCGAUAUGAUGGUUAUUGUAUCAAUAUUUCCACUGCAAUUGUCGCAUAAUCAGUUAUACACCCAUGUCUAGCGUAUUUGGUUUGGGGACAUUAUGACAUUUUACUGACAAAUGUCCUGUUUCCAUCAGGCCUGUUGUGACUUUUUUUAUACGUCAGCCGUCAGGUAAUUCAUCUGCAUGAAAUGGUUGGAUGAAACCUGGUUACUGUAGCCAUAGAUGCAAAGCUAAUUAAUGUGUUUCUCUUCACUCUCAGAUGGUUCUCAUGCUGACCCCUCCAUGGUUCGACCCACCGGACCCAAUCAGAUGGGGAACAGGAUGCAAAACCCUGCAGGUAAGCUCUUCCUACAGUCAUACAUGCUCAGCUCAGUUUGCUGCUUGGCACAAACCGAACCAGUCUGAAUGGUGGACCUAUAAUGGUGGCUAAUGGGUGUUACUGCUUUGCUCGUUCUCGUCUCUCUCAGGGAUGAAUCAGUUUGGUCAAAUGGGGAUGCAGUCAUUAGGUCAGAGGUCAACGCCUCCCCUCCCACUUGGCGGACCUCUAAAUCAGGUUAGUAGCCCUCUCUCAUUCCCAAUGUCCAAAUGAAGUUGGAAAAUAAUUGCAUUCAAUAUUGAUAUAAAUUGAUUCUAUUUCAACAUUCCAAUCACAGCGAUUAUAGAAAAUAACCAUGGUCUCAUUAGAACAAAAAGUUAAUCAUUUAUCUUGCUCGGUCUCACUCAGAUGGGUAUGGGGCCAACGCGGAUGGGGCAGCCCAACGUUGGCCCAGCUCCAGAACCAGUACCUCCCUUCUGGUCAGUUCCCUGGGUCCAGUCCUGGCCUCGGGGCUGGCCCAGUCGGCAUGAACCAUCCAGGGACCACAAGGAGGCGUGGCACAGGUAAAUAAAUACUGGAACCAGUGCUAUAAGUAAAGGGUGACACUAAAAUAGUUGUCAUAUUUGAAGUUGGGUAUAGACCUAACCAUCUCCUCCAUGGUGUUCUCCAGCAGGCCCAGAUGCCCACGCCGCCCUCGCUCCCGGUCAGCAGCCCUACAGCCCAGCCAGGCUCAGCGGCAGGUUCAGGGCCCUCCCAGUGCUCCAUGGGGCCAGGCAGCGUAGGUGGAGGCCCUCCUUCCAACCUGCAACUGCCAAACUCCAACUCGUCCCAGCCCAACUCACACCCGCACUGCCCCCCCAAUUCCGUCAGAACUCCCCCUCCCCGGCACGCAGCCUCACGCCAACCCCUCAUCAGACGCCGUCUGGUCUGCCAGGCUCGCAAACCCCCCAGCCUCACACGCCCAACCCGCCCCAGGUCGUCCCUCCGCUCCCACAGCAGCAGCUAGCGUCGUCACAGCCAAUGGGGCAAGGAAUGAACUCGGAGAAGCCCAAUCAGCUCCAGCAGCAGACAAUCGGUGGUGGAGCUUCUGGAGGCCUCCAGAUGGGGAAGGCUCAGUCUGUGCCUACCCAGAAUGCCCAUGUGCCAACCCAGCUUCCGCGAACUCCAGUGAGUAGUUUUCCCCCUACUGCUCCCCAUAGUCUCACUAACUCAACUCCUCAUGGUUGUCAGAAGUGCUGUUCUUUGGAUUCCUAAGCUUGUCCCUGGUCUCUGGCUAUACCUCCAUACGUCACGUCUCUUGAGAUUUCCCUCGUUGCCUGGACAGACACCGUAGUCAAAUUCUCUUGUCCCCCUGCCCUCCGUUCCUUGUUGGUCUACGUCCUUGGCUGUUCACUCUUUUCACUAGCUUUUUGUGGCUGUUCCUCUGUUGUUCAUUUCCUUUCCAUUAACUUUUCUCUCUCUGUCCUCCCAGCUGUCUCAGAAGUCUUCUCUGACUGCAGACGGCCAGGCCUCCACUCCAGCCUCGGUGAGCAGCGUGGACCCUAGCUCCCAGCUGACCUCGUCUGACGCCCCCGCCCCAGCUGAGCCCAAGAUGGAGGUGAAACAGCAGGACGAUGAGGAUGCUGAGGACCAGGGAGAGGGGAAGGCCUCUGGGAAGAUGGGCAAGGGACAGGCAGACAUCAAGUCAGAGGAGAAACCGGAGGUGAGCCUUCCAGUUUUUCAAAUGCAUGGUUCCAAAAGCAAAAGACACAGUGCUAGCUAGCCAGCGAGGUGAAGAUAUAUUUAGUACACAGCUAACAGUUGUUACAUUCAGGAUGAUGUCUGGAAAUGUGAAUAGGAUAUUGAACAUCAUGUCCCCGCUCAGAUUAAGAAGGAGAAGCCUUCAGGCGACGGAUGCAAGGGUGAGCCUAUGGACACAUCGUCAUCGGCAGCAACGCCGAAGAUGGAGGACAGAGACAGGAAGCCAGAGGUGAAGACUGAGCCCAAAGACGAAGAGGAGAGGUCGGGGGCAUCGGGCACGCACAGCUCCCCCGCCAGCGCUCAGAAUAAGAGGAAAAGUAAGACACCCCCCGCUACUUUUUCCUCUCUUAUCUUAUGUACCUGUCCUCAUCUUCAUAUGCAAGCAUUCCUCAACGUUGGUUUCAGACCUAAGUCGGCCAUGGUGUAUAGAUCUAGGCUAUGACUUUUUGAAGCUAAGUGUAUAUUCACCUGUAAACAGCCUAAUCAACACCAAAAAAUUCCCCAUCUUUCUUGCUCCUCCUUUUACACUACUUGCACUGCCUAUAUCCCCACUUCCUCUCCUCCGUCACUCCCUCUCUCCUCCGUCACUCCCUCUCUCCUCCGUCACUCCCUCUCCAGUCUUUAAGCCUGAGGAGCUGCGGCAGGCUCUGAUGCCCACCCUGGAGGCCUUGUACCGCCAAGACCCUGAGUCUCUGCCCUUCCGCCAACCAGUGGACCCCCAGUUACUGGGAAUACCCGUACGUAUUCGAACUAGUAACAAAACUAACCUGGUAAGGGACUGCGCUGGCUUCCAUUUUGCGUCCUCCUAAAAACGUUCUUACCGUUCUUUUUAGUUCAUUUUUCUCUCAUUCCUUCUUCCUUUUCCUUUUUCUUUCAUCCCUCUCUUCAUCCUUACCACCACCACAUGUGUGAGGGAGUGACUGUUGGCUAGGGGAGUUGUAGCGAUACUUGGAAGGUGUGUGUGUGAGUGAGAGUUUUCUCGAUCCUGAAUUUAUGAGUGUUAUAUCUCUGCUCAGGUAGAGUAUACUAUACAUCAAACGUAGGUCAGUUGGUUUUUACUGUAGGUUCUUGGGUAGGUGUGUGUGUGUUUGUGUGUGUGUGCCUGUGUUUGCGUGUCAGCUCAUGCUUGCUUCUCUCUAAUUCUCUUACACCACCAAAAAAAAGAAAAUGCUAUGUAGAAAAAGUUAACUUGUUUUGCUUGUAAACCAAGUCAACAGAAAUCAAUGAGUCUGUCAGUAACAUUUAGGAGAAAUGCAAAUGUAAACCUUUUCUGUCUGUUAGAAUUUAAAAUAAAUAUUUUUGAUUGGUUUCUACCUGUCAGUUUUGAUUAAGAUCAACACUUAAUGAAUGUUAGACCCCUGGGCCUUGUUAAUAGCGGCUUUUGUUUUUGCAUUUCAUCAGACUUCAAAAGGCCUAAAAUAAGCAGCCAUUUUAUCAGUGGUACAUCACUGUUCUGCAUUUCAAGUAACAUGCCCUAAAGGGGAAAUUUACUAGCCAAAAAUGUUCAUAGCCCAUUACUUUAUUUUAUUAUUUAAACUGCUUUCUUUUAAUCUUUUUAUGCUUCCAGACUUUUUAUGCUUUUACAAUUCUAAUUUGGAUAUGAUUUAGCAAAUUUUUUCUCACACAUACAGUGGGGGGAAAAAAGUAUUUAGUCAGCCACCAAUUGUGCAAGUUCUCCCACUUAAAAAGAUGAGAGAGGCCUGUAAUUUUCAUCAUAGGUACACGUCAACUAUGACAGACAAAUUGAGGAAAAAAAAUCCAGAAAAUCACAUAGUAGGAUUUUUUAUGAAUUAUUUCAAAAUUUUUGGAAAAAAGUAUUUGUCACCUAAAAAAAGCAGAUUUGGCUUAAGCCUGAAUCUUUCAAGGGCCCUUUCCCCACUGUUACCUUUUAAUUUGCAGUUUUGAAAUUUUUCAUUAAAAAACCCCUUCCCCAAACCCCAAACAGCAAAAACCCAACUUAUGGGGCCCAAAACCCAAAGAGCUGUCAAAACAACAAACCAAAUUUAACCGCACUACAGAAGAAAUUUAAUGUAAGAUUUUUAAAACAAUUUUGGGGAACAAUUAUUAAAAAUGGAAACAACAAAUGAUAACUCCCUAUUUGGGGGGCCCAGCAACCUCACCCCCGUGGGGUUUUGUCAAAAGGGGCUCCCAAAAACCCGGGGGACCCGGAAGACCGAGAGAGCUGGCCGACAAAACCUUCCACUCCCCUGCCGGGCCGGGGGUAAAUCCCGGUUCCAACGGGCCCCCUGCUGAGUUUCCCGCCCCUUGGUUUUUUCUGAUUUUUUGGUGACCGGAAAGGGUUGGGAAAUGUCUAGGUCAGAAGAAACCAAAAAACUUUUUGGUAAAAACCAACCCCGGGGGAGGCCCAAAGGGCUAAUUUCAUCCAAAACAUUUUAAAAUUUUCUGUUGGUAAAUCAGCUUUGGGGGGUUUUUUUGAAAGGGGGCAGCCCCACUGUCCGUGUCCCAAGGAAAAAAAAGGGGCCAGUAUGUGAAGGGGAAAACCCCUUUUCCUCCAAGGGUUGGGAAAAGAAACUGGGUGGGCUUUUUACAUGCUGACCCCCCCGCCCGGCACAAAGGGUGUCAAAACUUUCAAUCCUUUAGGCCUGCCCUUUUCCAACCACCCCAUAGAAAAUCUUUAAUUUUAAAUCCUUUUGGCCCGACCCCCCAAAACAUCCUGUCAAGGAGACUUUUCAUUGAGGGAACCCCAAACCGCAAAAUGGUAAAAAGGAAGACUUCAAAAAUUUGACCUUUGUCAUUAAAAAGGGAUAAACAAAGUAAUUGGAAAAAUUUGUUUUGACCAAAUACUUAUUUCCCCCUUUUGCUUUCAAAAAUUAAAAUGUGUUUUGUUUUUUUUUUUUUUGGUGUAAGUUUGGGUUAAAACCUAUUAAAAACAGGCCUUCUCCUUUUAAUGGGAAAAACUUCCAAAUUGGUUCUGAUAAAUUUUUUUCCCACUGAUCCUUUCAUUGAUUUUUCCCCCGAAGUUUCCCCCCCAAAUUUGUCUUGGGAAGUUUGAUUGAGAUGGAAAUUUGCCCCAACGUUUUAAGGGGGUUCUCAAGAAAACAAACUUCAAUCAAAACUGGACCUCUUAUACCCUAAAUUUUCCCAACCAAUUGGGACAAUCAAAAAAUUUUUUGUUUUGCCAUUCCCCAUUUCCAAAGGAAAUUUGAAUUUUUUGCCCAAAUUUUCGGGAAAUUAUCUGUCAAAGAAAUUAGUGAAAAAUUCUUAAAUGGGUUACACACCUCAAUUUUUCAAUAAUCAUAAACCAAUCAUGUUGUUUUUUAAUUAACCAGAAAAAAAUGCCAAAUAAAUUUUCCAUUUUUCAUUUACCCGGGUUGUGCCCCCGUUUGCAAAGGAAGUCCCUUUUUCCUUUUCCGGUUUUUAGCCAGGGGUUUCUUUUUCAGCCCCGCUUUCCCCUUUGUCUCAUUUUUCUUGACCGGGGGUGUUCCAUUCCCAUCCAGUUUUUCCCCCUUUUUUUUUGCGCUUACUGUUUUUAAACCCCCGUUUCACCUCCUGUUUUACCCCCUCUCCAAAACCCCCAGGAAGGGUCUUUUAAGGAGAAAAGGGUUUAUGGGUCGCUGUUGCAACCAAAUGUUUUUUUCCAACGUGUUUACCUUAAUUUCCUGUAACUUUGGGUUUAAAAAGGGCUUUUCCUUCCCAGAGUCAUUUUAAAUUUUUUGGGGCCGAUGAGGGGAAAUUGAAUUUUUGUGCAAAUUGGAAAGGGGGGAGCCUGGCCCCCCGUUCUUCCCGCCUUUUCCCCAAUUCCCCUUUAAAAAGGGGGAAAAAAAGAAGGGGAAAAACUUUUUUCAAGUUUUCACGAAUCUUGGAAAAUAAAUUGUCCCCUGCAAAACCCCCUUUUCCCCGUUGGUUCCCCCUGGGUGUAAAAAAUCUGUCUUCCCUUGAUGCCUUUUAUCCAUUUUUCCCCUUACCUUCCCUUCCUCCCUCAUCGUGACCCCCAAAAAAAUUUUUUCCCCCCCUUUUUUUUCCUUUUGGGCUCCCUCCCCCCCUCCCCUUUUUCCCCCUUUCCUAAUUUUUUAAGCCCCUGAUGUCGCAAAAGGGGCCCGGGGUGGACAAACCCUCCAACCCCCAAAAAUAAAAUGGCCAAAUUUUAAAAAACCCCGGGAAAAACCGCCAAAAUCCCCGCACGAUGCUUCCAACUGGCCGGGGGUUUUUCCCAUGCCCUGUUGAGGCCUGGCUCCUUGGGGGGGUGGCGGGAAUUUUGUUGUUUUUGAAAUGGAUGUGAAUACCCUCAGAAAUUUUAAGACCACCCUUUAUUUUCACGCGUUUUAAACAACCUCAUCAAAACAUUUUAAAUUCGGGUUCCUAUUUGUAUUUUAGACAUAAGUUUUCUUUAUUUUUUUAUGCCUCUCUUAUUUUUUGAGCAUUUUCCCCCCAAAACUCUUCUCUAUGGAAAAAUUUUCCCUCCCGGGACUUUUUUAUAAAACAGGGACUCCCGGGGCCCCUCACCUCUAAGACACUAAAAGCGGGGCUCAUCCUCAAGUUUCCCCUUCUCUCCACCCAAAAACCCCAACAACAACCCCAAAACCCCCAAAUUUGAGAUGUUUUUGCUACUGAAAAAAAAAAAUUACUUGAGUGUUGUUUUUUGUGAUUUUUUUAGGUUAAUUUCCAUUCAUUGCCAAGAUGAUGAUUUUUUUCAAAUUUGGCCCCUUCCACUUUUCAUCUUCCAAAAACGUUUUACCAAAAAUUUUUUUCAUUUACAAAUGGGGGCCCUUUUUUUAUUUUUUCUAAAAUUUUUAUCUUAAUGUUUUAAAUUUUUCAAUUUGUGUAAUUGAAAAAAUAUAAUUAAUAAAUAUUUCCUUUUUACCCCGACUUAAAAAAGCCCCGGGCUACGCUGCGGAACAUUUUUUAUUGGCAAAAAAACCCCCAACCCUUGGGAAAAGGGGUCAACCACCCCCAAUCCUUUUCCCUCAAACGCAUCAAUAUUUUGUUGGCAACGUAUUACACCCCCCUUUUGUUUUAAAACCUUCUCCAACGGGGCCCCUUUUUGGAAAAAAUGUUUGUAGUUGAUCCCCUUUGUUUUCCUUUUUAAAAUCCACCUUUUUUGACCCCCCCCCCCCCCCCCCCCCCCCCUUACCUUUCCCUCUGGUAUUCUUUAUUUUUCUGGGUUUUCUUGGGGAGGCCCUUUGGAAAUUUUUAUGCCCCCGGGGCCGUUAAAAAAGUUUUCAUUUCCAAUGGACAGUUACCAAAAUUUUCCUAACUAUUCAAAGUCUGGCUGUUAAACUUUUAAAAUGCGAUAAUAAAAAAUACACUUCUCAAAAAAAUAAAGGCCUAAAAAAACCAACCCAAAUGUUUUUCCCCAAGUCUACCUUCUGUGUUUUUUUAAACCUGUCCCUUGGACCCCCCACCUUAUUUCCCUCCAUUCCCCUUUGUCCCUUUGUGAAAACCCGUUUUAAUACAAUUUUUCCCCCCCCCCAUUACCCCUUUUUUUCCCUUCCCCCUCCCUUUUUUUAAACCCCCUUUGAUGUCCAUUGGGCCCGCGGUUGCCUUUUACCUUUAACUGAAAAUCAAAAACCCCCCACAAAUGCUCAUAUUGGCUCCCUGGACACCUUUCCCCCUUUUUGGCCCGCCGGCCCCUUGGGGGCCUUUUCCUUGUUUUCCGGAGGGGCGGUUGGGACGGGUUACCCCCAAGGGCCUUUUGGGGAAGGGCCCUUGGGAAAGGGCAACAAAACCAGGGGGAGCCCCGGGGGGUGAUCCCCCCCCCUUUUUGACGGGGACCACCCCCCCCCCUCCCCAAAAACCCCCCCCCAAAAUUUCAGUUUUUAAAUUUUUUUUUGAAAUUUUAAAAAGUUUUGGUUUUUGAAAAGUCCACAAUGGGUUGUAAAGAAACCUUCAAGGGGCUUUCUUUCCCCCCGGAAACCUUCAUUCCCUUGGAAGUUAUUCCCAAAAAACAGUUUUUUUCCCCUACCCAAGGCAGAGUUUAUUAACGCCCCAACGUUUUUGCUUUCCCCUUGCAAAAACCCAAAAAAAACUGGGGUUUUUAAUUUUAGAUGGGGUGAUUUUUUGGGCGAACCUCCUUUGCCUAGCCGAGUUAGCUGACUUUUUUUUUUUGCUGAAUUAACCUUUGGCCCCCUAUUUGGUUUUGGCCCCGUUUUACCCCCAAUGUGGCCUUCCCCCUUUCAAGCCCUCACAAAGAAUUUUUAGGGAAAGGUGCCGUCCCCAGGACCCAUUUUUUAUUUUCCCUUUUACAUUUAUCUGUCCCGGUGCACCCAUUUUUUUAGGGCAUUUUUCCCCCUUUACCCAAAAUUUUUUCUGGCUCAUUUUACUUUUGUUUUUUUUGCGUACUCAAGUUUUGGGUUUUAGCAGGGUUUUUGUUUUUGUUUUUUUAGGAAGGGUUUGAAAAUAAAAAUUUCCAGACCAUGGGGUUUAAAUUGUUUCCAUUAUUUUUUGUUUUUGGUUUUUGGGUUUCACUUUGGGGGAAAAGAAAAUUUUUAAAUACACCCAAAGGGGGGUAAAAUGUCCCCCUUUAAUUUAGAAGGAUGUUUAAAAAACCUUAUUUCCAAGGUGCAGUUCCAGGUUCAAUCUUACUGUGGUUGUGUUGCCUGUUUACCAUCAUGACCCUCAGCAAUACUUUACAUCAUUCAUUGCUGCCAACAUAACCUUAGUGUCUUAUACAGUAGAUGGAGGGCAAAGAAGUGAAGCUGAAGGCCUCUGAGCUAUGAUAAAUAACAAAUGCAUGUAUGAUUUAUUUGAAGUAAUGAAAUAAAGCAUUUAAAUUUUCCCCUCUCCACAGCUUUGUAUGUGACAGCUGCCUUAAGAAGGCCAAUAAGACACGGAAAGAGAACAAAUACGCGGCCAAAAGUAAGUGGAGUAAGUGAAAAACGGGGGGUGCUCAUCUACCGUCAUCUUCAUUGGGGUGUCCGUCCAUCUGUCUCCCCUCCCUCCCUUCUCCAGUCGCUCAGCCGUCUCUUUUCAGUGUUCUCUUUAUCCUCUUCUCCUUUGGUGCUGUUACUGACACAUACCGUACUCAUUUCCUAAAUCCACAUCCCACAAGUAUAACACAAUACUUUCAUGUGAAGAGCAAACACACCCAAUUGACUUUUUCCCCCCUUCAAAUCUUUGUUUUAAUUUUCCUGUCAACGGUUAUGAUUUUGUGCGCUGUGUUUUUCCAAAUAAUUGUCCUUUCCUCUGAGGCAGUAUGGUUUAAUUCCCUACACCCUGAUACACUACUUUAGAGGACGAGUGUUCCAGUUAACACACAUUCUACCUUUUUUCCUUUCUACUUUUUUCCAUGACCCAACCCUUUCGUAUCUCCCCCUCCCUCCCCAAUGAAAAUGUUACAUGUAACCAACCCUAUUUUUUUAUUUCAGAAGCCAGUCCUCAGACAAUAGUUGCCGCUGCCAGUCCGCUGCAGCUUUGUGGUUCGAUUUCACUCUUAUCCCAGGCCUGUACACACUGAAGGCUAUGGCAAAAACAUGGUCAUUUUAGGGGUUCUUGGUUUACAGUCUGCUGUUUUAAGGUUUGUGGGUCACCCAGGCAGACAUGGACUUCUUUUUUAUCUUGUUGGAUCCUUUUUUAUUUAUGUCAUCCUCUCACAAAUAUUUUUUUCCUCAGUGGGUGUCCACAGUCCAGAAAUCUACUUGAAAUCAUAUUUUGGGUGAAUUUUUUUUCAGUUUGCAAUGGCAUCGAUACUCACGUUUUUUCCCCCAACUUUUUGACAGUUGUCCUGUUUUUGCGUGCCUACAAUCCUUCCAUGUGUGGACAUUCUUACCUCCCCCAUCCCAUUCUCCACACCCUCAAUGAAGGCAGAGUUUUUAGGGAGCCACAGGUAGGCGGGAGGGCAUGCGCAUAAAAGGGACCAACUGGCCUAGUCUCAUACAAGGAUCUCAAUUAAAUAUGUCUUGAAUGGAAGAGGGGUAAAAGUCCUUAUAUGGAGUCAGACCCAGUCUACACCUUGUAAUCUCUUCUGAUUUAUUGAGUGUUCAGAGCAGAGUACUAAUCCAAGUCUCAGAUAUGCUGUUAGUUGCCAAAUUGACAACGCUAUCAGGGCAUUUUAGACAUUGAUUGAAGGAUUGACAAAGUGCCUCAGACUGACUCCAGAGUAUUCUGAAACACUCUAGAAACAGUCAGUGGUUGAAUUUGUAUGCUCCUGACUUGUCCUUUUUAUAAAACAGUUUAAAAAACACUGUCAGAUUAGAGCCCAGUGGGUCUUCUGUCUUUAAUGUCACCAGAGAAGUGAAGUCCUCUGCUCUGAGCUACUUAACAGACAUAACCCCCAUACACCCAACUACCCCCCCCAGACUGGGUUGGCUUUUACUGAAACCAUGUGACCUUUCAUCUAAUCACUAUCACCCAUUUCCUCUCUUCCUUCCUUGUUCCUCCUCUAUUUCUCUCUCCCUCCCCCAUUCUAUUCUUUCCAUACUUCAUUUUCACAGGGCUCCCUCAAACUAAGUUGGGCAGCUUCCUAGAGGGGCGAGUGAAUGACUACCUCAGGCGGCAGAACCAUCCCGAGUCUGGUGAUGUCACUAUCCGUGUAGUCCAUGUCUCCGACAAGGUGGUGGAGGUCAAGCCGGGCAUGAAAUCCAGGUGAGGGUCUUAGGGCACAGUGGGGUAGUGAUUCUUUAAUAUGGGGUCAAAUAUAGACUACCAAGGAAGAUGUCAAAUUGAUCCUAGCGUCAAUGGACUCCAAAGGUUAAUGUGGGCUUUAAAUGAGUCCCAUUGUAGACUGGAGAGUUGAGACUUAUCCGUUCUCAUGGGACAGCACCUAUUCAGUGUUUGUCUGUGUGGUUGUGUCUACUUACGCUCUCCUUUAACUGAUACAGGUUUGUGGACACUGGGGAAAUGUCGGAGUCCUUUCCCUACAGGACGAAGGCGCUGUUUGCGUUCGAGGACAUAGACGGAGCUGACGUCUGCUUCUUCGGCAUGCACGUGCAGGAGUAUGGCUCAGACAGCCCUCCGCCAAACCAGAGACGCGUGUAUAUCUCUUACUUGGACAGCGUGCACUUCUUCCAACCUCGACACCUCCGCACAGGCGUCUACCAUGAGAUACUCAUAGGGUACCUGGAGUACGUCAAGAAGUUGGGGUAAGAGACGAGGCCCUUUUUACUAAGCUCAACCUAUUUGUGGGCAUAGAUUCUUGAAAACAUGACUUGACCUAGACCUCAUCAAUCUAAACAUAGUGUAAUGAUAUGCAUGUUCUAAAGGGUCUGUUGCAAAUUUCAUGAUAUACUUUAACGUUCUAAUAAGAUUCACUAUUUCCAGUUGCUGGUCUGAUUCUUAAACCCUUCCUCUCCCAUGGCAGGUUUACAACAGGGCACAUCUGGGCUUGUCCCCCAAGUGAAGGGGACGACUACAUCUUCCACUGUCAUCCUGUGGACCAGAAGAUCCCCAAGCCCAAGCGCCUACAGGAGUGGUACAAAAAGAUGCUGGACAAGGCCGUAGCUGAGCGCAUUGUGCACGACUACAAGGUGACUACAAUUAUUUUGGUGUUUUGUCAGACAUUGCACAGGCUGUGCCAGGCAGAAAUCCAACUUCUUUAUUCUAUGAAAUAAUUGUAUGCAUCUUAUUCAUGCUCUCUUUCAGGACGUCUUCAAGCAGGCCACGGAGGACCGUCUCACCAGUGCCAACGAGCUACCAUACUUUGAGGGCGACUUCUGGCCCAACGUGCUGGAGGAGAGCAUCAAGGAGCUGGAGCAGGAGGAGGAGGAGAGGAAGAGGGAGGAGAACAGCACCUCCAGCGAGAGCGUAGAUGUGAGUGUAAGGACUUCAAUACAACAGGAGAGAAAGGAGUGUGUUUGUGAAUAUGUUAUAGGAUCUGGGGUGUGGGAUAUUGGUUGUUUGUCCUCAAUAGUAACAUGAUAGGAGUAGCUGUUUGUUGUUAAAAAGUAUUGCUCAGGAGGAGAGAUAUUGAACCAUUGCGAAUUGGGUCAAUUUCGAGGCUGCGUCAGAUUCAGUGCUUUAAUAGGGAUGGAAUGUAUUGGAGUCGAUUUUAAUCUGGUGUUCUCCACACACAGGCCCCGAAAAGUGACAGCAAGAAUGCCAAAAAGAAGAACAGUAAGAAGACAAGCAAGAACAAGAACAGCAGCCUGAUCCGAGCCAAUAAGAAGAAACCAGGGAUGCCCAAUGUGUCCAAUGACCUCUCCCAGAAGCUCUACGCUUCUAUGGAGAAACACAAGGAGGUAGUUGAUCCUGUCACAACCUUCUAAAUAAAGCCACAACACAAACUGUCAGUCCCAGUGCUCAUCCUUUCUUCUCUGCACCCUACAGGUGUUCUUUGUGAUCCGUCUCAUCGCCGGCCCCACUGCCAACUCCCUGCCCCCCAUAACGGACCCAGACCCCCUAAUGGCCUGUGACCUGAUGGACGGGCGUGAUGCCUUCCUGACUCUGGCCAGGGACAAGCACCUGGAGUUCUCCUCCCUGAGGAGGGCCAAGUGGAGCUCCAUGUGCAUGCUGGUGGAGCUACACAAUCAGAGCCAGGACCGCUUCGUCUACACCUGCAACGAGUGCAAGGCAAGCGUGGAGACACGCUUCCACUGCACCGUCUGCGAGGACUAUGACCUGUGUAUCACCUGCUAUAACACUAAGGGCCAUGAACACAAGAUGGAGAAGCUGGGCCUGGGCCUGGAUGACGAGAGCAACAACGCAGCGGCCGCUGCCAGUCAGAGCCCCGGGGACUCCCGCCGCCUCAGCAUCCAGCGC